CCUCCAUUCCUCAAUCUCACAGCUUUCUCGUCACCUCCAGCAGUUAGCGUUCUAGCGUUCCAGCCAAGGCCAUCCCAUAGUUGGGUUAAGUCAUCGUUUCUCUCUCAGCUUGUCGUCAACCUCCUAACUGGAUAGUCAUGCUAGCUUUUCCCUCCUUUCUUUCCCUAGGCCUCUCUCUUCUUAUAUUCCUUGCUGUUUUCCUCCAACAAAUAAGCAUCCUCUCACUUUUUCCAUAUCUCUUAUGUCUCUAGGUGCUCUAGCUUGUUAAGGAACCACGGGUAAUCACCUUUCAACUUUAUUUCAAGGUACGGAUUCUACCCUCCCGCCAUGCCCUUCUCCUCUGCUCUCGUCCAUACCUUGUCUCAAUUCUUCCUUUCUCCCACCAUUACGGGAAAUCGUUCCUUACGUCGCACUUCCUAAUUCUCCAUGUUUUCUUUGUUCAUUGUCGUUCUCUUCAUUUUUACGUCCUCUUAUCCAGGUUUCACAUGUCUCUUAUUCUGCUAACCCUUGUGAUCUGGCUGCAGGUUCGAAACUUUGAACCACUCUUAUUAUGCAUCUGCUAUCUUUUUAUUGCAUAAUGCAUACUUUACUGUUUUGAAUUGUUUUGGCCUUUGCUAGGUGCAUGCAGUCCUGUUGUGUGUUGUGCAUGGGCACUCGUGGUAAUACGUUUUGUGUGUCUCAAAAUCUGGAUUGCUUUUAUCGUUUCGUGAAGGUCCUUUGACUCUCUCUCAAUGGCAGGAGGGGGGACGGCAAAGGGGGAGGGAAGGAGGGGGGAUGACAAAGGGGGAGGGACGGAGGGGAGAUGGCAAAGGGGAAGGAAGGGAGGGGGGACAGCAAGGUGGGGGGAACGGAGGGGGGACGACAAAGGGGGAGGAACGGAGGGGGGACGACUAAGGGGGGAGGAUGGAGGGGGGACGGCAAAGGGGGAGGAACGGAGGGGGGACGGCAAAGGGGGGGAACGGACGGGGGACGGCAAAGGGGGAGGGGAGAAGGGGGGACGACAAAGUGGGAGGGGCGGAGGGGGGACGAGAAAGGGGGGGGAACGGAGGGGGGACGACAGAGGGGGAGGAAUGGAGGGGGGACGGCAAAGGGGAGGAACGGAGGGGGGACGACAAGGGGGAAGGAUGGAGGGGGGACGGCAAAGGGGGAGGAAUGGAGGGGGGACUGAAAAGGGGGGGGAACGGACGGGGACGGCAAAGGGGGAGGGAGAAGGGGGGACGACAAAGGGGGAGGGGCGGAGGGGGGACGAGAAAGGGGGGGAACGGAGGGGGGACGACAAAGGGGGAGGAACGGAGGGGGGACCGCAAAGGGGGAGGAACGGAGGGGGCACGAGAAAGGGGGGGGAAGGGAGGGGGGACGACAAAGGGGGAGGAACGGAGGGGGGACGACUAAGGGGGGAGGAUGGAGUGGGGACGGCAAAGGGGGAGGAACGGAGGGGGGACGGCAAAGGGGGGGAACGGACGGGGGACGGCAAAGGGGAGGGGAGAAGGGGGACGACAAAGUGGGAGGGGCGGAGGGGGGACGAGAAACGGGGGGGAACGGAGGGGGGACGACAGAGGGGGAGGAAUGGAGGGGGGACGGCAAAGGGGGAGGAACGGAGGGGGGAUGGCAAAGGGGGGGGAUCGGACGGGGGACGGCAAAGGGGGAGGGGGGGAAACGGACGGGGGACGGCAAAGGGGGAGGGGAGAAAGGGUUACGACAAAGGGGGAGGGGCGGAGGGGGGACGAGAAAGGGGGGGGAUCGGAAGGGGGACGACAAAGGGGGAGGAACGGAGGGGGGACGGCAAAGGGGGAGGAACGGAGGGGGGACGGCAAAGGGGGAGGAACGGAGGGGGGAAGACGAAGGGGGGGGAAGAGAGGGGGGACGGCCAAGGGGGAGGAACGGAGGGGGGACGGCCAAGGGGGAGGAACGGAGGGGGAACGACAAAGGGGGAGGGACGGAGGGGGGAUGACGAAGGGGGGGAACGGAGGGAGGACGACAAAGGGGGAGGAAAGGAGGGUUGACGGCAAAAGGGGAGGAACGGAGG